AUGAAACUCGUGACACAAAAUCUGCAAGCGCGCAACGGCUUUUGCCCUUGUUGCCGGUCCCUCUUCCCCCGGCACAAGCUUGUGCCCCCUUCCUCGUGCACCCACUUGGAUGUCAAGUGGUGUGACGCCGCCCGGAAAAAGUGUAAAAAAAACGCGUACCAAAAAAGGGCUUCGUAUGGAAUUGCCAUAGUUGUUCCAAGGCGAAUUCUUUUCGCGCGGGUUGUUGCGUUGGACAGCGCCCCGCCGACCCUGCCCCCCAUCUGGCCGAGUAAGUAUUACUGGCUCCGCAAAUACGGUUGA